GAGCGAACAUGGCCGAGUACACGCGGCUGCACGACUGCCUGGCGUUGAUCCGCCUCCGAAACCCGCCGGUCAACGCGCUGAGUCUGGCUGUCCUCCAACAGCUGAAAGAGAGACUACAGCAAGCUGUAACAGACCGAGCGGUAAAAGCCAUUGUGAUUUGUGGAGCAGAUGGCAAGUUCUCCGCAGGUGCUAACAUCCAUGACUUCAAAACUCCCAGGACCAAUGACACAUUUGGACUGUUCGUGGAUGAACUGCAGAGAACUGAGAAGCUCGUGGUGGCAGCUAUUCAAGGCAUGGCUUUCGGAGGGGGGCUAGAGCUGGCCCUGGGCUGUCACUAUAGGAUUGCCCAUGCCAAGGCUCGAGUUGGCUUCCCAGAAGUCUCUAUAGGACUUUUACCUGGAGCAAGAGGAACCCAGCUUCUCCCCAGACUCACUGGAGUUCCUGCAGCUCUUGACUUAAUUACUUCAGGAAGACACGUUUUGGCAGGCGAAGCACUGAAGCUGGGUAUUCUAGACCAAGUGGUGAACUCAGACCCUGUUGAAGAGGCAGUCAGAUUUGCUCAGAGAGUUGCAGGUCAACCUCUAGAAUCCCGUAGACUCUACAACAAGCCAGUUCCGAGCUGUCCCAACAUGGACGCCAUUUUCAGCGAUGCCAUCUUGAAGAUGCGGAAGCAGCACCCUGGGUGCCUUGCUCAGGAGGCAUGCGUCCGUGCAAUCCAGGCUACUGUGCAGUAUCCCUACGAAGUGGGCAGCAAGAAGGAGAGGGAGCUGUUUGUAUACCUUCGGAAAUCAGGGCAGGCCAGAGCCCUGCAAUACGCCUUCUUCGCUGAAAGGAGUGCAAACAAGUGGUCCACUCCCUGCGGAGCCUCCUGGAAAACAGCCUCAGCCCAGCCCAUCUCUUCAGUUGGCGUUCUUGGCCUGGGAACCAUGGGCCGAGGCAUUGCCAUUUGUUUCGCCAAGGCCAAGAUCCCUGUGGUUGCUGUAGAAUCCAACAAAGAGCAGCUGGAAACUGCGAACAAGAUAAUAACCUCCAGCUUGGAAAAGGAAGCAUCCAGAAUGCGGCAGAGUGGACACCCUGACCCUUGGUCAGGCCCAAAGCCCAGAUUAACUUCAUCCAUGAAGGAACUCAGUGGUGUGGAUUUAGUCAUUGAAGCAGUGUUUGAGGAAAUGAACCUGAAGAAGCAGGUCUUUGCUGAACUCUCAGCUGUGUGCAAGCCAGAAGCUUUCCUGUGCACCAACACCUCGGCCCUGGACAUCGAUGAGAUCGCUUCGUCCACGGGACGUCCUCACUUGGUCAUUGGCACCCACUUCUUCGCACCAGCUCAUGUCUUGAGAUUGCUGGAGGUCAUUCCCGGCCGCCACACUUCGCCCAGCACCAUCGCCACUGUCAUGAACUUAUCGAAAAAGAUUGGGAAGGUCGGGGUGGUUGUAGGCAACUGUUUUGGGUUUGUUGGGAAUCGAAUGUUGAAUCAUUAUAGUAAUCAGUUGUAUUUCUUGUUAGAAGAAGGCAGUAAACCAGAGGAGAUAGAUCAGGUGCUGGAAGAGUUUGGCUUUAAAAUGGGACCUUUUAGAGUGUCUGACCUUACUGGGUUGGAUGUGGGUUGGAGAUCUCGGAAGGGCCAGGGCCUUACUGGACCUGCAUUGCCUCCGGGAACUCCAGCCCGAAGGCGGGGCAAUAGGAGAUACUGCCCCAUUCCUGAUAUGCUCUGCGAAUUGGGACGAUUUGGGCAGAAGGUUGGUAAGGGCUGGUAUCAAUAUGACAAGCCACUGGGUAGGGUCCAUAAACCUGACCCCUGGCUUUCCACAUUUCUGGCACAGUACAGAGAAACCCAUCACAUUGAACCACGUACCAUUAGCCAGGAUGAGAUCCUUGAGCGCUGCCUGUACUCGCUUAUCAACGAAGCGUUCCGUAUCUUAGGAGAAGGAAUGGCUGCGGGCCCAGAGCACAUUGACGUUAUCUACUUCAGUGGCUAUGGGUGGCCGAGACACAGGGGCGGGCCCAUGUUCUAUGCUUCCACAGUUGGGCUGCCCACCGUUUUAGAGAAGCUGCAGAAAUAUUACAUGCAGAAUCCUGAUAUUCCCCAACUGGAGCCCAGUGACUAUCUAAAAAAACUGGCCUCCCAGGGAAACCCCCCUAUGAAAGAAUGGCAAAGCUUGGCAGGGCCCCCUAGCAGUAAAUUGUGAUUCAGGCUUCCAGGUUGUAACUCACAGGUAAUAGUCACUGGAUUUUAGUGAAAUUAAAUUAAAAAUUUCAAAGAAUAAUCGCUCUGAAAUACAAAGCAAAAGUAAUCAUUGGUCAGCCAAAUUUCCUCCUUGGGUCAUUUGUCUGAAGACUCUACUGGGUCAAAUCUUAAGGAAUGUGCUUCUUAAUGCCUCUGAAUCUGUUCCUAUUAGAUAAAUUUGGCAAAUAAAUUUGUGUUAACAUAGUAGUUAUUGAGGAGCCUCGGGAAUAAGUUGAAGUUCCCAAGUCUUGAUCAUUGGAGAAAUAUAUCAUGAAUUAAUAAAUUAUAAAUACGAGUAAGUUUAAAAAAUUCAUUUUGACAAAGCCUUUUAAUCUUGCACAGAAUACUAAUGGGAAAUUUUAUAAGUCACAUAAUCAACAGACACUCAUUGAGUACCUCUUGAGAAUCUUGUACAUCUGAGAGCACUCGGCACACUUAAAGUCCAGAGAAGCAUCAAACCUGCAUAGUUGAGCUGCCUGUGGUAAGUGCAGUCCGUAGUCUCAGAGGGGGGACGAAGAUGUUGGGCAGGACAGAGUUAGCCAUCAGUCUCUAGGUGAACAUGGGAAACUGCCCAAAGGAAAGGCAGAAAUAGUGACCAGAAAGAAAGUUGCCUUUGACCAAAUAGUCUUAAAGUUGUAGACAAAACAUGUUUUGGAAUUGGAAGAAACACUCUAGACCAGAUUGGGGGAUCCAGGGAAGCUUGGCAAGUCAUGGUCAACAGAGCACUGCCCACGGCCCAGUCACAUGUGCACAGUUGUGCUUGGGGCUGGCGAGGGACUCAGUGAUGUUUGUUGAUCAUUUCCCCAGAACGAAGGAAUGUCCACAACACGGGCUUUUUGAUCUUUUCUAUACAUGGAGAAGUAAUAGAAAGUGGGGAAGUGUUAAACUUAACAUAAAAGGGAUCUUAGAGAACCUCUAACCUACUAGGAUUUUUAAAUUUUGGUUUGGAUAAUGAUGCUAGUUUCCCUAUCAUGAUGAGCUUUCAUGAUGUUACAUAUGGAAAUGGCCAAAUCUUGAAAAAUGUAAAAUUACUGCAAAAUAAAUUUUAUAAAAUUUUCUCAGA